ACCAGAAUGAAAGUAGACCGAGUUUUUCUGAUCUGCGAGGCAAGGAUAGUGCGUCGUGGAACUUUACAAAGCUCAAUGCUGCAGUAUAUAAAAAUGAUAUCAGUGAGACAUUGAUUGUUGGAUUGUUCAUUGUUCCCUGUUAGAAUAACACAACUUACGUGUGCGAGUGAUGCUGAAAUAAGCAUGUGUUCUCUCCUUCUUCUGCUGCUGGCACUGGCUUCCUCGCUCCAACCCGCAGACGUGAGGCUUACUCUGGGAACAUGUAAUCUGUGGAAUGUCAUGUUUAACUGGGAAGUUCGUGUCAUGCACAUCGCUGACAUGGUGCGUGAAGCAGACAUGGAUAUUUUGGUGUUUCAAGAGGUGCGCAUGUCUGCUCUCACAGAUUCUCUCAGCGAAACAAACAUUUGGUCCCAACUGCAACAGUUUCGAUCCCUUCUACCAGAGUACAGAUGGGUGGCCGCCCGUCCCGCAGGUCCCGUGGGUAGGCCAAAAAAUGCUGUUUGGAAAGGAUGGGAAAUGGAAGGCCUUGGGAUCAUCAGUCGUAAGGAAAUUUUGUCUGUGAAGGUCGUGAAUCUCACCGUCCCUGGCAGCGUGGACAAGAACCUUCGGAUAGCUCUUCAUGCAAAGAUUCGCUCCGGCCCUUCGGCAGACGAUGUGGUCAGUGUGUGGGUCGUGCAUUUUUCCUACGACAGACAUCAGCAGUGUCAGAAUGCACUGGACAUUAUUGGCAGUAUUUCCUCAGACACAACACAGUUUGGUAAUGUGUUUAUCUUAGGAGAUUUCAACGCUUACAACGAUUUCCGUGGCCCUAUGGACGUGUUUGUGUCGAGGCGAGCCACGGUUUGUUCUAACAAGAGCCCGAGACGUAGAGACAGCGCCGCCGGGACGUUUGUGGACGCCUGGAUGAUGUCUGGACGACAGCACAGAGACGGACUCACCUUCAGCAACAUGCCGUCCCCAGGACUUGAGAGUCGGCCUGAUCGUAUCCUCGUGCCCAAGAAUGCUGAAGUGGAGAGCAUAGCUCUGAUGGGCAACGGAGACGACUAUGCAUCCUUCUACUACUUCAGCAUCAUGGCGCACAGGGCCAAGGUCAUUGUGGCCGCGAGCUACGACAGUCUGAGAGGGAGGUCGGGCUACCCUUGUCGGCACGACUGCGGCCCGCACGGAUCGUGUCGCUGCGGCGUUUGUGUCAGGGGAGGGAACAACCUCAACUGCGACAUUCCCUCUUGUGAAGAGUGCGAUAGCAGGGCCUUUGUCAUAUUUAUCUCCCUUUUCACCCCUUUUUGCGUCACUGCCACAAUAUUGUUUUACGCAGUCCUGAGAAUGUUGGUUGUCUCGGCCAGGUUUAGUCAGAAAGACAUCGAGGAUAUUCUCGGAUAUAGAUGUUGUUUAUUCAACAAACGACUUUUCCGAUUUGGUGCCUUACCUCGAAGAUACAAAACACUGGUGUCGAGAAUACUCUGUGUGUGUGAGCUCCCCCCUUUGUUGUUAAUCCUGUUGACUGUGAUCAUUCUGCUGAUUCUGGGUACAGUGAUGAGAUAUACCCUCCGCGAUGCCAUAGAUGUUGUGUAUUCUGUGUUGCCUGAAGAGCUGUUCCCUUCAGAUCAUUUGUUGCUGUAUGCCUCCAUUAAAACGUAGAAGUUUUCUCGUA